AUGACCAAGUUGCGAAAAAUAGGUCUAAACGAGACCCUCUCGGCCUCCAUUUCUGCCGCACAACCGGUCCGUCAGACGAUCACUUUGAUCCUCCGCAACGUCAAGUUAUGGCUUCGAUUGGACGUCUCGGCCAGCAGAACUGGCGAGCGCGAGUCUCGGCUCCCGACGCAGAGUCCAGCUCCCUCAUCUCUCACACUUUCCUCCUUCGUCUGUCCGUGCAUCCUUCUGUUUGUCUGCCAGAGGCUACGUCCCUUUCUGCCACUUUCCGCACCCCUCGAGGCAUCCAUCCGUGAUUCGGCGAGUGUAUACGCUUGUCUCUAUGACCGUUUAACUUCACCAAAUGUCGAUUCGUGCAGCAUUGCAUAUUUCACUCUUUCUCUCUCUAUUCCUCUCUCUCAUACACACAUACACACAUAUACACAUACAUACACAUGCAUACAGAUGGACAGAUAG